GCAAGACCCUUGAGUUCUUUUGUCUGUUCACAUUAAACGCUUCCUCAUUUUCCAACAAAUUCUUCAACUUGAACACUCAAGGUCUUCUCCAGUUUCCAUCGUCUUUCAAUCCCCAUUUUCCCUUGCUUCAACAAAUUUUCUCUCUUUAUCUUUCAUUUAAAGAAAAUAUUUCAAAUAUUCUCUCUUUAUCUUUCAUUGAGUUAUAAACAGGAUUUACAUCAGAAUGGCGAAGAAGAAGCAUCACUCUAAAGAUGCAAUUUUUGAAGAAAAUGCAAGGGAACACGAUCAGAUACCUCCAACCCAACAAAAGCCCACUUCGAAAAUCCUCGAGGCAGAGCAGAAAACUGGCUCAAAUUCCAAGAAGCGAAAGAGGAUCAGGAAGGAAAAGAAAAGGAAAGAUAAUGCUAAAGAUCAAGUCUUUGAAGAGAUAGGAGAAAAAGAACAAGAUGAGGGCAAAAGGUUGUUCUUUCAAUCUGAAUCUUCACCUCAAGAAUUUGAUGGCAUUUCAGAGCCCACUUCCAAAACCCUCAAUGCAGAGAAGAAAUCGGUGUCAAAUUAUUCAAAGAAAGGGAAGAAGGAGAAGGCUUUGAAGCAUGAUGAUAAUGACAAAGAGAAGGUUGAAAACCUCAUCCAAGAUGAAGUCUUUGAGGAAACAGAGCAUGCAGCCCUAGUUGAGGGGAAAUCAGAUCUAUUUCAACCCACUUCUUCAACUCCAAGUUUUGCUACUGAUUCAGAAUGUAUGCCAAAUAAUAAAAGUGGAAAUCCCAAUUCAAAAACCCAAAGGGAAGAGCUGAAAGAAGAAAGGAGUAACGGUUCGGGUCUGACAGGUUCAAGGGUGUUUACAGAGGAUGAUGAGCUUGUUCUGCUUCAAUGUAAGAUUGAUCUUGGAUUAUUACACAAGGUACCGGCAUCAUCCGUUAGUGCUAGUGCCUUGCACAAGUAUUUAGUUGCCGAGCUUUCAUAUGAUUUUAGCAAUACACAGAUUUAUGAAAAGAUAAGGAGAUUGAAGCAAAAAUUUGUUAAGAACAGGGAAAUGUUUGGAAAAUAUGGUGGUGACAUUGCUGCUUCCUUAAGGUCACAUGAGGUUUUGGUGUUUGAGCUUUCAAAGAAAAUCUGGGGUGGAGAAAAUUAUGAGAAUGUUGAAGAUCGGAUUUUAGUAGAGGAUAAUGGGAUUGAUGUGAAGGCUAAAAAGAAGAUCAAUAAAGGGAAAAGGAGUUUGAGUCCAGAAUUCGGUGCAAACGAAGCGGCUGCUGCAUCUGUGGAUGACAAAGAUGGUGAGGUUUCCAUGAAGAAGAAAAGAUUGCUAGAUGCCAUUGAGAAGGUUACAAAGAAGAUCAAAUUAUUGCUUGAGCUUGCACAGCUUGAAUGUGAUGAACUGAAGGAGGGGUAA